AUGGAGAAGUAUUUGAUAAAGAAAUCAAGAGAUGUCAACACCACCACCCAAGGUCCUCCUGUCACCACCAACAGUUCAAGUGGUAGUGGAAAUGCAUCAAGACCUGUACCAAGACAUAAUUCUGCUGUGCCUGCACUAAUUGACUUGAACAAGCUUCCUCGGGAUCCAUCUAAAAGGAAGCGAAUGGCAGAUUAUCACCCAAACCAGCGUGAUGAGAUAAGAAGAAAGUAUCUAAUUUGGGGACCUAAUCAGCCUGACAUUGACUUUCCAUACAGAGAGUUUGGGAAGAAGAAGAAGAGGAGGAGAGACAACAUCAAAGAUAGCCACCAUGGGCAUGAUGCAUUUGUAGUGGAAGGCUUCAACAGUUGGAACAAGCCAGAGCGAUUUGUGACUCACGUCGGCAAUCGUAAUAGCUUUCACAACAGGGCACUCAAGGAUUGUGAGGAUCUACUAAAACAGGGGCAACCUUUCCGUGGUCACAAUGAAUCUAAAGAUUCUGAAAAUAAAGGAAACUACCGUGAGUUACUUGGUUUGAAUAUUAAACAAGUUAGAGGCCAAGGUUAUGACGGAGCAAUUUUGCUGAAUGUCGUGGGAGCAUCUUGCAAGAGAAAAAACCAACUUCGUGAGCAUCAUCAAGAAGAAGUGAGGAAAGCAAUUGGUUGUGGAGAGAUCUCUACAGGAACGGGACUAAAUCAAGAACAAUCAUUUCAGAGACCAGGUGGCACUCGAUGGAACUCCCAUUAUAAAACAUUGUUGGGUUUGUCAAAGAUGUUCUCGUCGGUGGUUAAAUUUAAUGACAGAUUUAAUGAGGUAAAUUCUGAGUUGCUUCUAUACAUGUCUGCUUUGAGCCCAAGUGAUUUAUUUUGUCAUUUUGACAAGGCGAAGUUGCUGAAAUUAGCUAAGCAUUAUCCUGAUAACUUUAAUCACAAAGAUAUGGUGACUCUUGAGCAUGAACUUGGUAUCUACAUAGAUAAUAUACUCCAUGAUACAAGGUUUUCUAGCUUGGAAAAAAUAGGUCAUCUAGCUAAACUGAUGGUGGAUACAAGGAAGCACCUCUCCUAUCCUUUGGUAUAUCGGCUUUUGAAGCUAGCUUUGACUCUUCCUGUUGCCACUGGCACUGUUGAGAGAUGUUUUUCAUCUACGAAGAUUGUGAAAAAUGCUUUGCGUAACAGAAUUGGUGAUGAUUAUUUGAGCCAUAGCCUAAUUUGCUUUGUGGAAAAGGGACUGCUAGACGAAAUUACUAAUGAAGUGAUUGUUGAUCGUUUUCAUAAGAUGAAAGAUCGUCGUGGGAAGAACGAAAUAUAA